UCCCGGAGCGGGCUCGGGCGCCGGGGCCUCGGGGCGGGUCCCUGCCGCCGGCACCUGCCCCGUGGGCGGAGCGCGGCGGCGACAGUGCGGCCCCAAACCUCUGCCUCCUGCCGCGCGAGCCGUGCGGCUCCUCCACACCCCCGCCCAGCUUGCUGCCGGCGCACCUCAGCUCCUCGGCACCCUCCCUCUCCCUUCCUCCCUCUCCAGCGGUCCGUCCGUCCCUCUGCCCGCUCCGAGCCGCGGCGCCCCGCACUUCUGACUCAAGUCCUCGCCGCGUUCGUCGCCGCCGCCCGGAACCGCCGCCCCGCGCCAUGGAGCCGGCCGCGGGCAGCGAGCGCCGCAGCCCCUCGGGCCCCGCGGUCCCGGCGCCGCCCCGGGGCCACGCGCCCUUGGCAGCCGCCCCCGGCCCGGGCCCGCAGAGCAACCCAGCUCGCGAGCCACCCAAGCCCGAAGAGGAGCGGCAGCUGCGGAUCAGCGAGAGCGGCCAGUUCAGCGACGGGCUGGAGGAUCGAGGCUUACUAGAAAGCAGCACUCGCCUGAAGCCUCACGAGGCCCAGAACUACAGAAAGAAGGCUUUGUGGGUCUCCUGGUUCUCCAUUAUUGUCACCCUGGCCCUGGCCGUGGCUGCCUUCACUGUCUCCGUUAUGAGGUACAGCGCCUCUGCUUUUGGGUUUGCAUUUGAUGCCAUCCUCGACGUCCUGUCCUCGGCGAUUGUCCUGUGGCGUUACAGCAAUGCUGCCGCUGUACACUCUGCCCACAGGGAGUACAUAGCCUGUGUCAUCUUGGGGGUGAUAUUCCUUCUGUCAUCCAUAUGUAUAGUGGUCAAAGCCAUCCAUGACCUCUCAACUAGGCUGCUGCCAGAAGUGGAUGACUUCCUGUUCAGCGUCUCCAUUUUAAGUGGGAUCCUUUGCAGUAUCCUGGCUGUGUUGAAGUUUAUGCUGGGGAAGGUUCUGACCAGCAGAGCACUCAUAACAGAUGGGUUUAACUCCCUCGUGGGCGGUGUGAUGGGCUUCUCUAUCCUUCUGAGUGCGGAGGUGUUCAAGCAUAACGCGGCGGUCUGGUACCUGGACGGCAGCAUCGGUGUGCUGAUCGGCCUCACCAUCUUUGCCUACGGGGUCAAACUCCUCAUCGACAUGGUGCCCAGGGUGAGGCAGACCCGCCACUAUGAGAUGUUCGAGUGAUGGUGGCCAGCGGGGCCCGGGCCGGCUGCUCUGCGUCCGCACCAAGACCGUCAGGACAACGAGGCUUCUACACAGGCAGAUGGUGCCAAUAUUUCAUUGAACAUCCAGUUUCUUUCUUGGCAAGUUUGUAUUCAUGGGAACAAGAUCUGCCC